UGUACGAAGGUGGCGCACAGACUUGGCGGAUCCGUCUUACGCUUUCGUAAUACCAUCCUUGAUUGUUUCAUUACCAUAUCGGGAAAUAACAUGGAGCCUCACCAAACGCUCACAGACUUUGUGAUCCAAUAGAGAACCGCUGACUUGAAGUAUGGUGUGCUGAAAUCGAGGCAAUGAUGGUGUUGAAGCCUGAGUCGCGCCGCACGUACAUACCGGGAGAAUCGCUCAUAACAAGUGUCGUGUAGGCUGCCAGAGAGGUUGCCGCACUGGAGUAUAAGACGACACAGAUGCCAGAAGGAUUCGUUCCUUGUUUUGCCUCUGUAUCGUUUAUUCUGUGAUUUAGUUGAAAUCUUUUUCCGCCUUCUCUUCGUUAUAGAUGUACCUAGCCUAGGUUAUUUCAGUCAGUAUCGUGUAUUGGCAGUCUAUCAAUCAUCAGUCCAAUCAAUCCACUCACCAAAUCAAUCAUACACACUCCAGCCAACGUGCCUUAACUAUGACUUCUACCACCGUAGCCGACAAACUGAAGCCCGAUCCCACACCCUCUCGAAGCUCGACACCUACACCACAAGACGUCGACGCCCUCGGUCAAAUCGAAACCCAGUUCGUGCUGCCACCUCUCUGUACCCUUCCCGAAGCAGAAUACAUAGGCAUCCUUCGCUCCAUUGGCGCCACGCGCCUCGACGACCCGUCUCAACCCGUCGAAAUCGCUUCUAGCUCCCCUUUCUUCCCACAUCGGCACUUGCCUAAUGGUCUUUAUAAAGAUAUCGUCCGAGCACGUCAGAAGUAUCAACUGGCUUAUUGCAUUUCCAAUGCCGUUUAUAGCCUCGCGUUGAUUCUCCAGCUUCUACUCGGAGCCGUCUUGACUGCUCUUGGAUCUUCUUCUGCUGCGAAACAUGGACUUGCGAUAACUAUAUUAGCGGCUGCUAAUACAGUGAAUGCGGGAUUAAUAGCUCUGUUCAACAAUACGGGCAUGCCGGAUAGAUUUUGGAACGAUUGGAACGAAUUCGAGGAUGUAGAGAUGUUUGUAAAAGAGCUGAUUGAGACAGGUUUGGUGGAGACAGAUAAAACCAAGGAGCAAGUGGUAGCAGGAUGUUUUGUGAGAUUUCAAACGGCAAAGGUGACCGUCAGAAAGAAUAAGCCAGCAAGUUAUAAUGCGACUGCGAAAGAGGGAGCAAAGGUGAAGUAAGAGUUGUUUGCUUGGUUUCGUAAUGGUGGUAGCUUUCCUUGAUAAUUAUCGAGCUGACUUUGAAUGUUAAUGUUAA